UUCAGAAGACAAGACCCAAGUGAUGAGAGAUCUAUACCACAUAAUGACCGUGUACCUGUUAGGGACAUCGAAUAACUCUGAGGAUACUAAGUUUCUCAGGACAGACGCAUCUUUGCAGAUUGAAUUGCAGAACAGCCAACAGAUCCAGGGAGAAUUGUAGCCCCCACAAAUCUCAUUGGUCCCUGGCACAAGCCAAACCACCACCACUCCUGUAACACAAACGGUGUCCCUUCGGCAAGCACCACCCGGGACAGGUUCCCUCACCGCGGGGUCCGUCCCUCUGCAGUGAGCUGACUCCGGCGCAGCCUGCAUCAGUCGGUGCAGCACCCGACACCAAGUCCUCGCCAGCGCGCACCGCACACGCGCUCCCUCUCUCCUCCCUCUCCGUCCCCCGCCCCUAGCUCACCCCGGCCGGCUCCAGCGGCGACUUUGAGGGAUUCCCUCUCGGAGGGCCACUGCAGCAGCACAUCUGGCCUCCUUCGCUGCACUGCAAGUAUGGAUCUCCGAAGAAGAGCCGUUCCCAGCGUGGAGACACUUCGAGUUCUCCUGGUGCUGUUCCAUACAGCGGCUCAAAUCAUGGCAGAACAAGAAGUGGAAAAUCUCUCAGGCCUUUCCACUAACCCUGAAAAAGAUAUAUUUGUGGUGCGGGAAAAUGGGACGACGUGUCUCAUGGCGGAGUUUGCAGCCAAAUUUAUUGUACCUUAUGAUGUGUGGGCCAGCAAUUAUGUAGAUCUGAUCACAGAACAGGCUGAUAUCGCAUUGACCCGGGGGGCUGAGGUGAAGGGCCGCUGUGGCCACAACGAGUCGGAGCUGCAAGUGUUCUGGGUGGAACGAGCCUAUGCACUCAAAAUGCUCUUUGUGAAGGAAAGCCACAACGAGUCCAAGGGGCCCGAGGCGACGUGGAGGCUAAGCAAAGUGCAGUUCGUCUACGACUCCUCGGAGAAGACCCAUUUUAAAGACGCAGUCAGCCCGGGGAAGCACACGGCCAACUCGCACCGCCUCUCCGCCUUGGUCACCCCAGCUGGGAAGUCGUACGAGUGUCAGGCUCAGCAGACCAUCUCACUGGCUUCCAGCGACCCGCAGAAGACGGUCACAAUGAUCCUGUCUGCCGUCCACAUCCAGCCCUUUGACAUCGUCUCGGAUUUCGUCUAUAGUGAAGAGCAUAAAUGCCCAGUGGACGAGCGCGAGCAGUUGGAGGAAACCUUGCCCCUGAUUCUGGGGCUCAUCCUGGGCCUGGUCAUUGUGGUGACUCUUGCAAUUUACCACGUCCACCACAAAAUGACUGCCAACCAGGUGCAGAUUCCCAGGGACCGAUCCCAAUAUAAGCACAUGGGCUAGGGCCCCUAGGCAGGCGGCCCCCACCCCCAAACUGGAUCAGGUAAAGAAACAAAUGCACUUUUCCACCUUGCACUUGAGGAUACACCAACAUAGCUACAUUCGAACAGGCCUGGGUAUUUGAGGCUUGCUUGGCCGGCAUCCAUGCUUAAACCCAGGGAUGGGGGAUUCUUUUGGAUUCAUGGGGUGAAGGAUAGUUGCUUUCUCUCCCUGCUAGGGUGUGGUGAGGGAGGGUGUCAGCUAGCUUUCAUGCUCCUGGCAACUUGGCUUUGCCUCUCCAAGAAGCGACACACACAUCCUUGGAGGUGUAUCUGGCCCGGAAGUUUAGGGAUUGGGAACACAUUUCUUGUGGGAGGAAAUCCCUUUAUGUUCAGAAGAAGGGGGGAUGCUUUGCUCCUCUGGACACAGCUGGCUUGCCCUACACAGUUGUCAAUGCCCUCAAAAUACAGCCUCAUGCUCCCUGCAGCAAGACCCCUGAAAGUGAUCCAUGCUUCUAGCUGGUGUUUUGCAUGUCUAGUGAUUGUCUUGGGAAUGUUUCACUGCUAUCUGCCCCCACUGACUUUGCAGUACAAGAACCCAUUUAAUAUAACUAUGCAGAGUUGUUUGAACUCCAUAAUGUGUCAGGUCCAACUAAGGGAACCUGAAGAAUCAAUUUAUGUGAGUUUGUUUUUCAAAAUGAAUUAAAAUACACUACCGUCUGA